GGCUCUGCCUCCCUCUCUCAGCGACCUGCCCAGGAGUCAACAGCAGCAGCAGCAACAGCAGCAGCAGCAGGAGCAGCAGCAGCAGCCCCCGCCCUCCGGAGCCCGGGCAGCAGAAGAGGGUGGGAGAGAGAGGGGCUCCGAGCCACCCAGAGAGCGAGCCAAGCAGAGGGAGCAGACACGAGCGAAGCUCCCCAGGAAAACCCUCAGCCAUGAUGUGCCUCUGGCUUCUCAGCUCACUGCUGGCCUUGAGCCAGGCUUUGCCCUUCGAGCAAAGAGGCUUCUGGGAUUUCACCUUGGAUGAUGGGCUGGCCAUGCUCAAUGAUGAAGAGGCAUCUGGAGCUGACCCCACCUCGGGCCUGCCUGACCUGGAUGCCCUCACACCCACCUACAGCGCCAUGUGUCCCUUUGGCUGCCACUGCCACCUGCGCGUGGUCCAAUGCUCAGACCUAGGUCUAAAGACAGUCCCCAAGGAGAUCUCUCCAGAUACCACUCUCCUGGACCUUCAGAACAAUGGCAUCACCGAACUCAAGAAGGACGACUUCAAAGGGCUCCAGCAUCUCUACGCUCUGGUGCUGGUGAAUAACAAGAUCUCCAAAAUCCACCCGAAGGCCUUCAGCCCGCUUCGGAAGCUGCAGAAACUUUAUAUCUCCAAGAAUCACCUGGUAGAGAUCCCACCCAAUCUGCCCAGCUCCCUGGUAGAACUGAGGAUUCAUGACAACAAGAUCAGGAAGGUGUCCAAGGCAGUGUUCAGUGGGCUCAAGAACAUGAACUGCAUUGAGAUGGGAGGGAACCCCCUGGAGAAUAGCGGUUUUGAACCCGGAGCCUUCGAUGGUCUGAAACUGAAUUACCUUCGCAUCUCAGAGGCCAAGCUCACGGGCAUCCCUAAAGAUCUCCCUGAGACUCUGAAUGAACUCCAUCUGGACCACAACAAGAUCCAGGCCAUUGAGUUAGAGGACCUUCUCCGGUACUCCAAGCUAUACAGGUUGGGCCUGGGACACAAUCACAUCAGAAUGAUUGAGAAUGGGAGCCUGACCUUCAUGCCCACCCUGAGGGAGCUCCACUUGGACAACAACAAGCUGUCCAAAGUGCCCCCAGGCCUCCCUGACCUCAAAUUUCUCCAGGUGGUCUAUCUUCACUCCAACAACAUCACCAAGGUGGGCGUUAAUGACUUCUGCCCCGUGGGCUUUGGGGUGAAGCGGGCCUACUACAAUGGCAUCAGCCUCUUCAACAACCCUGUGCCCUACUGGGAGGUACAGCCAGCGACUUUCCGAUGCGUCACUGACCGUCUGGCUAUCCAAUUUGGCAACUACAAGAAGUAGUGAGGAAGGGAAGGAGGCAUCAGGACCCCCUUGGGAAAGAAACCCGGCUGAGAAGGGAGAAAACAGGAGAGAGACACAACGAGGGUACAGGAAGAGGCAAAGUCACGCGUAAACCCCACCCCCAACAGCCUCACCCUUAGCCCAGUGCGAACCCUGCCCAGGCCCUCAUCCACACUUCAACCCCAAAUUUCAAUCUUAUGUGAAUCUGAAUCCCCAACUUCCCUGCAAACCUGCCCCAGCCCCUAGCCCUGGUCCUGAGCCAAAGUCAUCACUUUCUCUUGGUCUCUAGCUCCCUGACCCGCCAUAGAUAGGGGUGAGGGAAGUGGCAAGAGGCAAGGGGCAGGCAGGCCAUGGGGGAGAGCUGGGAGCCUGGCCCCUAGAUUUCCUGCAGAACCCUUCCUCAGAUCUGGUGCUUUCAGAAGCUACCCAUUCUGGAGAAUGGGGAAGAAGGCCAGCCUGGUUAGAGUUUCCCUCACCUGCCCCCCCAAAAAAACCCCUGUUCUCUCCCCACCCCAAUCCAACUGGAUCUCCAAAACAGAUUUCCAAAAGCUCCAGUCCGGGGCAUUCCUUUUAUCUGGUUCCAUGUUGCGUAGAGUUUAGUCCCAGUGUGUCUACCCCAGCAGGGAUGUCUCUCUCCUUUCCUUUCUCCCUUCCUUGGCUCAUCCCUCUGCUCUUUCUCUACUCCCCCCUUCUCCCCUUUCCUUUCUGUUUCUUUGCUUCUCCAUCUCUUCUUUCCAUUUUUCAUUUAUCCUC